AUGUCGGCGCCCCCAGCACCGACGCAAUCAUGCCAAGGUGGCCUUAUUGGCUGGCUGAACUGUAGUGCAGGCACAGCAGCGAACAAGCAAGGCCAGAGUGGUAGUCAGCUCGUGGCCGCACUUGCUGUCUCGUUCGGUUCACUGGGCGUCCAGUUGCUGUGCUUUGCCAUCAUCCGCCUGAGGUUAUCGCGAAUAUACCGGCCCCGAUCAUACCUGGUUCCAGAACGAGAGCGAGUCGCUCAACCGCCUGGAGGCAUAGUGGGAUGGCUCUACCCACUCUUUACCGUCUCCAACCUCACCCUCAUCCAAAAAUGCGGACUCGACGCCUAUUUCUUCCUGCGCUUCUUGCGCAUGCUGCUCAAGAUAUUCUUGCCCAUGUCUCUCAUUGUCUUACCGAUUCUACUUCCCAUCAACCACUCAGCACAUGGUGGUGCCAAAGGCUUGGACAAAUACUCCGUAUCCAAUCUCGGUCCCAACGACGGCAAUUACCUCUGGGCCCACACGAUCCUAGCGGUGCUGUCUAUCGGCUGGUUCUUCUACGUUGUGUUUAAGGAGCUUCGAGGCUACAUAAGAGUCCGUCAGGCAUAUCUCACUAGUCCACAACACCGCAUCAGAGCAUCAGCCACCACCGUGCUUGUUACUGGCAUUCCACGCAAGUGGCUGACUCUCGAAGCAUUAUCUGGACUCUAUGAUGUGUUCCCAGGAGGCAUCAGAAACAUUUGGAUCAAUCGCAACUUUGAUGAACUGUCGGACAAGGUGCAGUUGCGCGAUAAGAUUGCUAAGAACCUCGAGGACGCCGAGACUGUUCUGAUCAAGACGUGUCGAAAGGAGAACGCCAAAGCCGAGGAGAGGAAGGCCAAGCAGGAUGGUCGUAAGAAGAAGACCAAGGAAGAGAAGAAGCAGGACCAGGCAAACGAGAAUGCAGCGGCAGAACAGAUGGCUGAGAGUGGAGGUGUCAGUGCAGGCGAACAGGGCCAGGUCUCACACGGCAUGCAAGAUAUACUCGAUCAAGAGGAGCACCAGCAGGAAAAGUACGACAAGCAGUCUCACCACCCAUUUGGUGCAGUCACUCACGGCUUAGGUGCGGUGGGCAAAGGCAUUGGCAAGUUUGGAGGCAAGGUUGUUACAGGUGCGGAUGCCGGCUUCCACAAGGCUGGCGACAACUUCAAUCGCACUGCCAACACUCUGAACGAGGGCGGACUUGGUGGUGGCUUUGUAGCGGAUGACUCGAUAUAUGGCUCACCGAGCGGCGCAAGAGCGCAGCCUGGAUCACGGCCUGGGACUGCCGACAGCAGACGUGUGGGUGAGAAAGCGGCGAUGGACACCAUUCCAAGACAGACUAGGCAUCCUCUUGCGGUGCAGUCCACUCCAGCAGAGCCCGCGCAAGGCUCGCCGACAAGCAACGGGUCCACUCUGGGUGUGCCCAGCAUCAACGUCAACAGACCAUCGGCAGAUUCCAAGCCCAAGUCGACCCUCCAAAUCGAGGAGCCGCCUUCCCACAAGCCCAAGCGCAAGUUCUUGGACAUUUUCAAAAACAACGACCAAGCCAUCGCACUCCCAUCACCUCAGCCACAUAUUCAAGAAGAAGACGAGUUUCCUCUACAUACAGGUAGUGAGAAGCAUCCGGAAAAGACAACAGAAAAGGAGCUUGUGAAGAGCAGCUGGACCGACAAAUUGGCGUUCUGGAAGAGUAAAGACGACGACAAGCCAAAGGAAGAAUACCCCUCUGCGUUCGACAAAGACUGGGACGAGGAUCAGGACGAAGAACCAUACUGGCGGAGGUACAUUGAACCUAAGGAUCGCGAGACCAUUCGUCUUCCCCUUUUCAGCCCGUCCUGGUUCCCUAGCAUACCAUUUGUGGGCAAGAAAGUCGAUCGGAUCUACCACCUUCGCCAGGAGCUGGCACGUUUGAACCUGGAGAUUGAAACUGACCAGAAUGAUGUGGAGAAAUUCCCCUACAUGAAUUCUGCCUUCAUCCAAUUCAACCAUCAGGUUGCCGCACAUAUGUGUUGCCAGUCUCUGAGUCACCAUGUACCUCAGCAGAUGUCACCGCGCUUGGUGGAGAUCAGUCCAGACGAUGUCAUCUGGGACAACAUGUCCAUCAAAUGGUGGGAGCGCUACCUCCGGACAGGCGUAGUUUUGAUCAUCUGUGCCGCUCUGGUUGUCCUCUACGCUAUUCCCGUGGCGUUCACCUCUAUCGUCGGCCAGAUCACCCAGUUGGCUACAUUCAUACCAUGGCUUAGCUGGUUGUUGGAUGCCCCGAAAUGGAUUCAAUCGGUGAUACAGGGUGUCUUGCCACCCGUGCUGCUGUCGUUGAUCCUUCUGCUCGUUCCGAUCAUCUUCCGGCUCUUGGUUCAGCAGCAAGGCGUGCCGACCGGAAACGCAAAAGAGCUUGGUGUUCAGCAAUGGUACUUUGUCUUCUUGUUCAUACAGGUCUUCCUUGUCGUGACCAUCACCGGCGGUCUCACCAAAUUCUUCUCUAACUUGGCCUCGAAUCCUGGUAGUAUCGUCCAGACCCUGGCGAAGACUCUCCCGGCGGCGUCAAACUACUUCUACUCCUACUUGACGGUGCAGGCGCUCUCGAACUCGGCCAGUGCGCUCGUGCAGACUGGAGGACUCUUCGCCUGGUUCAUUCUUGCCCCAAUGCUCGACUCCACGGCGCGCGCCAAAUGGAGACGCCAGACGACGCUGAGUAACGUGCAGUGGGGAUCGUUCUUCCCGCCGUUCACCAAUUUCGCCGCGAUAGGAGUUAUCUACUCUGUCAUCUCCCCUCUCAUGCUGGUCUUCAUGCUGUUUGUGUUCAGCCUGUUCUGGAUCGUGUACCGCUACAACGUCCUUUUCGUCUAUCAGUUCCGGGUCGACACAGGUGGACGGCUGUUCCCUGUCGCAAUCAACCAACUCUUCACAGGCCUCUACUUUCUGGAACUUUGCAUGAUCGGAUUGUGCUUCACACUGGCGGAAGAUCCUGCUAUCGCGCAAGCGGUCAUUCUGAUCGUGGUCUUGGUAGCUACCGUUGCCUAUCAGAUCUUGAUCAACAUGGCUUUCAAGCCAUUGUUCCAGUACUUGCCUAUCACGCUGGAGGAUGAGGCUGUGAUCAGGGACGAGGAAUUCGCAAGAGCGCAAGCAAGCAAGUUUGCGCCGCUCACCCAGGCUGAGGACACCCGAGAUAUUCAAGAUGUACUCGAGGAUCACGAGCGAGAAGACGAUGAAGCGGGAGAUGUUGCUGAAGACGAUGAGAAGAGGCGUAUUGCAGAGCAUAAGCGCAAUCAUACGCCUCACUCAUCAAGCUCACCUGAUGCUGGACGUCAGCCGUCUACGCCCCAGUCUGAUCAGGGACGAUGGCAUGAGCGAAAGGAGAGCAAGCCUAUCUGGGCAACGGACAGGUGGAAGCGAGUUGCUCCUGAGGCUGUGGGAGCACUGCGCUUCAUUGCCGAUGGCAAACGCGCCGAUCAGCCGCCAAAGGACCCUGAAGCACAGCACACCGUUGGUGAUGUUCUAUUUUCUGGCUUCGCCGACGAAUUGGAGGAUCUCAGUCCCGAAGAUCGCGAUCUCCUUGUCCGAUAUUCGUUCCAGCACAGCGCCCUGCGUGCUCGUCGUCCGGUGGUCUGGAUCCCACGCGAUGUUCUGGGAGUCAGUGACGAUGAGAUCAAGCGAGCGAAGAAGAUGAGUACCGUCAUGGUUGAGUCGGCCGAUGGAGAUAAAGAGGAAAAGACGAACAUCUGGAUGAGCAACGACGGAACUGCACUCGACUCGAAGGGCCGCGUAGUCUUCCGCAAAUCGCCCCCAGACUUUAGUAACGUUGAUUUGAUAUCGAUGUGA